AUGAAAAAGGCCAAGGCUAAGGCUACAGUGACUCAGGUUCCUUCUGAAUCCGAGAAGGAUCCUAAGGAUUCUAUGUUGAUAUCGAAACUAGCUGACACCGAAAAGAGGCCAACCGAAGCUGCAUCAUCUGACGCCCCACCAUCCAAGAAGCCAAGGUCUAAUUGUCCAAAGGAAGGGAGCAGUUUUCCUUGUGAUCAGACCUGGGCCCCCAAGGUCAUGGUCGGUGACCGACCUCUAAGAGCUAGAUAUAGUGCAAUAAAAAGCAUGGAGGUCGGGGCUGCACUUUCUACGCAUGCGCAUUCUUAUGCAGUCAAGGCCAAGUUGAUGAAGAAUAACUUGGUAAAAAAGACUCAAGAAGCUGCCAAUCUCCUCUCUUCUCUCAAUCAGGCCAAGGCAAGCAACCGAAAUCUGAUGGAUAAGGCCAAGGCUUCUAGGACUGCUCAAGGCAAGGCCGAGGCUAAAGCCAAAGAAGCUGAAUUUGCCGAAUCAGCCAAGGCCAAGGCUAAGGUUACCGAGGUCAAAGCUGCUGAAGCUGAAGAAAAGCUCAAGGAGACUCUAGAUAAUAAAGAGGCUAAGAUCAAGGCAGCCGAUGAAAAGGCCUAUGCUGAAGGUCAAACCAAUGUGCGCGACGCCUACAAAGCCCAAGUUAACCAAGCCUGCAACAAAGGCUAUUACCUCUGCUGGAUAGCAGCCCUGAACAAGCUGUUUAUCCCUGUUGAUUCUCCUUUCCGAGAUAUCACCCAACUGCAAGUCCCCUUUCCCCCUGCUCUUGAUACUUCUGAGGCCGAGGCCGAAGACAAAGACGAAGACGAGGUCGAGGUCGAGAUCGAGGUCGAGACAGAAGUUAAAGCCACAACUGAAGCUGAGGUCGAUGUAAUGGCCAAGUACCCCACCCUCAAUGAUCAAAUCCUAGACUUGACCGGAGAAGAUGAGGAUGAGGAUGAAGACGAGGACGAGGACGAGGACGAGGUCCCCAAGAAUGCCUCUCCCACAAAGACAGCUUUUGAGGCCGAGGUCCAGGCCACUGAGAAGAGCCUUGACGAGACCUUACUAGAGAUUGGCGCCGAGAUUCAAGCCGACAAAUCUGCCCAGCUGACUGCCGAGGCUAAAACACUGCCAAUUGCUGAGGCAAGACAGUCUGAGGAAAACAUUACCUAA